GGUAAAGUUGUGAAAGUGGCAUCUCUCUAUGAAGCCUGCAUUGCUCUUAUGGGAGUAAUGAGUUGUGAUGAAGCAGCGGGAGAAACCUGCAGCACAUCCCAGUACCAGGUUGCAUACAACUACCGGGACGAACUCGCCCAGUCAUCUUGCACUGCUCUGAGUGGCCGGGGUGGAUGGGUGUUUGCAGUGCGCAGGACGUGCAGUGGCGACGCGCCAACUUGCGCAGAAAUCUGUGGAAGUAGCGCCCUCUCUGAACAAGAUUACCAAGUCAGCAGAGGAGGACUGGAAUGUUUUAACGCUCUCCAUGUGUAUACAGGAAGGCCACAACUGUCUGAAGAUACCACAAAGGACACCGCCAAACUAGGUUUGAAAAUGUACCGCUUCGACACUUGCAAUGGGAGGCACUGUGGACCAAACUUUUGCUGCUGCCGCUCAAAAUAAAAUGCUCUUAGAUUCACCGGUUUUAACAU